UGCCUCUUACUACACAGACCGCCAAGUUUAGGAACUGCAUAGAAGUGCUUCUAAAAAAUGCAGUCAGCGUCUCCGGGGACGCGAGGCCUGCUCUACCUCGCUGAAUGUCCCCUUUUGUGUGUGUGUGUUUUUGGGUGGUUAGCCGCGGAACCACCGUCGCGCCGGCAGAGUUUCCGGGGGGGACAUAAAUUGUUGCCGGACGCUGAGGCGCGGCAGUUUAAUUCUCCGGUGGCGGCAGAGUGAAGGGGAAGAGAUGGUGUUGACCGGGCUCAUCAGGAAACUCGGUCACCAGCUGGCGGAGAUCCGGGAGCGCGCGCUGCGGAGCAUCCUGUGCAAGGUGGAGCACGGCCUGGUCGGCUACGCGGACCUCGUUCACGAGCGGCUGCUCUUCCUGCACCUGCUGGAGUGGUUCAACUUCCCCGCCGUGCCGCUGCGGGCCGAGGUGCUCAGCUUGCUCGGCAGGCUGGUGGAGUUUCCGGCUGCGGUCCAGCAUCUGGUCGACCUCGGCGCAGUGGAGUUCCUGUCCACGCUUCGUCCUCAUGUGGAGCCCAGUCUACAGGCUGAAAUCGAUGGCAUUCUGGAUGGGCUUUUUAGUCUUCCCGCGGAAGCUCCUGCGCUGUGUGCUGCCGCUUACCAAACCAAUGACACUGAAAUGUCACAACAGCCUGUAACCUUAACAGGAUAUUUUCCCCAAGACAAAAGUAAUUUCCAGCAGAUGGAAGGGCCUUCACGACCAAUAGUGAAUCAGAAUGUGAAGUGUUUGAAGUUUUCUACUUUUCCUUGGCUACCCCUCACCACAACAGAUAGACAUGUUCUCUCCUCUAAUGAAAGCUCUUUGAGAAGUAGUAACCACACUUUAAUAUGGAACACUUGUGAAUUAUUGAAGGAUGUUAUCAUGCAAGAUUUUCCUGCUGAGAUUUUCCUUCAAAGGCCAAAAAUUGUUCAGAGCCUUUUGUCUCUGUUGAAACUGGCCUUUGGAGGCGAUGGAAAGCAUCGUCUGGCAUUGCAGUCGGUGUCCUGCUUGCAGCAGCUGUGUGUGUAUUUAAGAAACAGACUCAACUUUCACCGAGAUCCAGGUUUUUUCUGUAGUAAACAAGACACAGUUUCCCAGAAUUCUUCUUUGUCUUAUGGUCAUGAAGCACGAGGUACUCAUCAUUCCCAGAAUCCCUCCCCAGGGAGCAGCAGCCCUCGGCCCUCCGUGGUUGGGCGUACAGGCCAGCGACCCAGAGGAGAUGGCCAGGACUGGGAUGCUGUGUCUUCCAGUGGCGGUAGUAGUCAUGCUCACAUAAACUCCAGGAUAUCUGUCCAUUCACCUUUGGAUGCGGGACACAUAGAUCUGCCAGAGCUGGAAACUGAGGACACGUUGGAAUUACGAUUCCAGCAGCUUAGUCUUCCCCAGUUCUGCAUCUCCAUUCUGGAAUCAGCACUUCCUCUCUUAAGAACAGGUAGUAGACAGAUGAUAAUUAGAGUUCUGGAAUUGCUUGCAGAUGAUAUGAUACUUAUUGGUGAAGCAAUUUCAUCAGAUAUCUGGGAUGACAGCAGCCUUUUUGCUAUAGAUAUGAAAGAGAAGCUGCUCCUGAUUUUGGGAUCUCUUGGAGAAACAAUAUGCUACCAUAAAAGCAGUGUCAGUGUGGAACAACCAGAGGCAAUGCUGGUGCACCACAGAAUGGCCUUUGUCAGCACUGCACUGUUUGCAGUCCGCCUGUUGCAAAUGCUUCUCCCUGUUGAAAAGGCCAGUGAGUUUUUACCAGAGCCGAUGUCAGCGGCGUUGUUUCUUCUUUCUUUGGACAUGCCUGUUUCUUUGGAGUAUCCAAAUAUUCAUGAAGCUGUUGUGGCCUAUUUGGAACAGCUGAAUUCUGAAAACUACAGUAUUUACAAACGAACUGCAGAGGCUGUUUAUUCAAUCGAAUGUACUUGUAAUUUCCUGUCUGAGGUUGGGAAGGAGGGAGAGAAGAAUCUCUUGGAAUUAGUGGAGCUGGCAGACCAAGCCUUGCGUAGCUUUUCCUAUCAUCAGCAUUUCCCCCUGAUAAAGGAAAUCAUCUGCAUUUGUUCAAAGAUCUGGAAGUCUGCACAGGCCAGUCCAUUAUUACAAGGAGAAAGUCAAAAGGUGUUCCUACGUAUGUUGUCUCACCCGGUGCCACAAGUGAAAGUUGAGACUUACCACUGCUGUCUGGAAAUUGUUAAGGAAUGUUUAGGUGUCCAUAAUGUCACUAAACCUGUGUCUUCGCUUUGUAAUGGAAUUAAUUUUCUACUUCAUCCAAAAGUUCUAUAUGAAAUCUCUGCAUUUGGCAUACAAGAACCCAAAAAUGAGGUGAGUGCGGCUGCCAAGGCCAUCCUGUUGUAUCUGCUUCAGGGACGACUGAUGAUGACAGCACUGACUUGGAACAAGUUUAUUGAGUCUCUCUGUCCUGUCAUUCCAGUACUACAGGGCUAUGCCGACACAGAAGACCCUUUGGGUAACUGCAUUCUCCUGCUAAGCAAAGCGGGUCCUGAGGCAGGGCAGGAGAUUCUCCCUUGUACUACUCGAUUAAAGUCCAUGCUGCGGCUUCUGCUUGUGAAAAAACCAUCAGUUCGUUCACUAGCAUUAAAGCUUUUAGCAUUUCAUCUUACAAAUGAAGAAGGGGCUGACACAAAGCGCCCUUUAAUAGAUGCCAGAGUUCUCUCCAGAGUUACUAAUUUAUUUAUUGUGAAAAAACCUAUUGAACUCAAAUUGGAUGACAGAAGAGAACUGGUUAUUAAGUUGGAGACAGUUGAAAGGGUUUAUGAAAUUUUCACCUCAGAUGAUGUUGAUCUUCUUUUGAGAAAGUCAGCUGCUGAACAGUUAGCUGUGAUUAUGCAAGAUAUUAAAAUGCAUGCUGUGGUGAAAAAGUUAUGCUUAAUUGACAAGAUAAUUGAAUACUUAAAUGAAUGUGUGGGUCAGCAUGGUAAGGUGGUAGAGUGCUUGACCCAGCCAUGCCUCACGCUCUUGAGGAAGGUUCUAUGUGCUGAUCCAGUUGUGCGUGUUUCCCUCUCGCAACAGUCUUCUCUCUUGAUCCUGUUAUUCAGAGUUUCCUUGAUAUUUCAUGAAGACUGUACUGUUGUGACUGAAGUUGGCGCAUUGUUUUGUCUUCUGUUAUUUGAUGAGGUAUCAAGAAUGGAUAUGUGGUCUGUAGAUCCUUCCAGUAAACCUACUUUGUCAUCAGUCUUCAGUUUGCCUGUUUCAGUUUUUAGAAGGUAUCAUCUACCAGUAUAUGUCGUUGGGCAUCAUGCUGUGAGUCCUUACUCAAUAGUUUUGCCAUUGUCUGCUGAUUGUUUGGCCUUGAAACCUGUGACAGACAUGCUGAGAAUAGCUUGGAACCUGUCAUGGUAUCAUGGGAGUGAUAAUCUUUUGAAGCAGAUGAACUCUGAAACAAAAAUCCAUGAAUUUUUAGAUGCAUUGAAGUUAUCCACAGAGGACACCCUUAUUCUGAAGAUAACACACAUGGCCAGCGGGCUGCAGGACUGUCUCCAUUCCAUCGUUCAGGCUGCAUCCCACAGGGAUGUCAGGGCUGCUGUUGCUAGGAUGAGCUUUUAUCUUCUGAAUGACAGAUUGUCUUUAAAGGGUGGCACUGGCCCAUGUGGGCUCACCUUGAAGUCCAUGGCUUGGCACACUGCACUAAACAGGUUUUUACAAGUGCUUCCUGCUAGUACUGAAGAUGAGAAACUGCUAAUAGACAUCAUACAUUUUUUAAAUAAGCUAAUGAAGGAACAGAGAAGAAAUCUAUCAGUAGAGCUUCUAAAUUGGAUUCUGGAAUUAUUUCUUAGACAUAGUUCAGCCCCACUGUUAGACCUGCUGGUGCUGACGGAGUCGCAGGCACGAGAAGAAACAGAUGAUAUACGCGCUGCUGUCAGGCAACAGCUGCAGAAGGAACUGAUUGCUCUUUUCAAUACCCUGCUCCUCAGCUUCAUGGCUGUCACUGACAGGAAAUGCUCAGAACUUUUUUACGUUUUCCAAACGCAACUGGCUCUGAAAUUGCUCCAGUGUCUGAGAGUCACGAAUGCUCCUCAUUUCUAUGGCCUGCCUUCCCUUGAGCGCACAUUACGAGGGAUGGCUCAACUCACAGCGUUUCCAGGGUGGAGCUCACAUUCUCCCCUUACAAAGCCCCUUGAAAUUUGUGUGAAGUACUUGUCAGGUCUCCUGGAGGUUAUUACUUCUUUUUAUGUGGAACGUGGAGGAAAUGCCAUGUCUUUCAUGGGAAAAGGUGUUACAAAGAGCACAGUUCUUUGCUUGCUUCACUUAUCCCAUGAGAUGAUGGCCCAGGCGCAGAGUUCGGAGUGGAUGUCGCUUUGGUUCCUGCCUUUAGGUAGUCACUGUGAAGAGCAUGCUGCUGCUGCUGCUCAGCGAGGCUUGACUUGGUUGAUUCCACUGUGGGUUGACCGGGAUCCAGAGGUGAGGUUCACUUCCCUGGCAUUAGGAGCAGCUCUGACCACCCUUGACACUGGCUGUGUGGCCUUGGCAAACAGCUGUCAGAACAUUUCUGGUGGGCUCUGGGGAACUGUAGUGAACAUUCUUCUGGACCAGUCAGAAUGUAGCAUGGUGCGUCGGGAGGCUGCAUUUAUUCUUCAGAAUCUCCUUGUAAUUCCAAUGCCUACAGAAAUUAUAAAGGAUUCUACUUGGCAGGGCCCCUCCGUGCAUGAUGAAGACUCUGGCCUGUCACUCACAGGAAAACCUGCCCUUCAGGCGCUUUUGUAUCACUGCCAUUUCUAUGAGCAUGUGAAUCAGAUGAUAAAACAUUGUUAUCUAGGACAAUACGUAUUUGAUUCAAAUUUCCCUGCUUUUGAUGGAACUUCAGAAGGCAGUGAUCCAAAUGGGUUAGAUGACUCAUUGAAGUUUUGGAUGGCUUCAUCUAGGAUGUCCAGUCAAGAUCGUGAUCCCAGUUCUCUGUCCACCUCGGAAACAAUGGUGGCACCCUCAUUGGGGAGUGCUGAAUUUCAACCACUUUCGCCAUCAACAGCGCUUCUGCCUGAACCUUCCCAUGACCAGUUUGUGGCUCAAGGUCAGCAUGAGACUGCAUCACCACGACCUCCUCGUGAUUCCUCCUUUUCUGCUCCCCUCCCCAAACAGUGUGUUUUUGUUACUCCAUCUCUUCUGUCUGCCAUGUGCAGCCUCUUAGACAACCUCUUGGCGAUUGCCCCAGGAGACACUGCAAAUGCCUUUCGACAGGCCCACCUCAUAGAGCUGCUCUGUAGCAUUGCUGAUGCUACCCUCAUUGAGACGUGUGUUCAGGACCUCAAGACCCCAUUGCCUUCGUCUCCUCCAGUUGAGCACACUCAAGCUCAGGUUUUCUUUCUCCUGGAAUAUCUGUCCUCUUUGUCCAGACUUCUGCAGUCAUGUUUGUUGGUAGAUCCCAACCUUGUGAUUCAGGACAAGAUUCUGAAACCUCUCAUCACUAAUGCUGUUGGCGUUCUUACCAUAUGCACCAAAGAUGUAGAGCUUAUACCGACUCUUCAUUAUACGUGGACACAGCUGUUUAACCUUCUGGCCACACUUCUGAGGAAAGCUGGUGCUGUCUGUCUCCCUUCUGUCACCAUGGCUUUGGCUAAGAACUGGGCGGCCGUGCUUGAUAUGUUCUGCAAAUGUGUGGACUUGUCUCUCACAAGCCCUACUCUAUAUACUGCUGGCCUGCAGUUCCUUUCUAUUCUUUUAACUGAAGAAGCAAAACGACAUCUCCAGGAUAAGGGUAAAAGAAGUUCAUCCCCCAGUCCAACAAUCACCUCACUUCUUGAUACAACUCAGGAAAAUCUGAAACGUCUAGAACGAUUUAAUGAAGUAAUUCUUCAGUGCUAUGAAGGAAAAUCCUCCAACGAUGUCCUAAAAAGAGUUGCUGCAAAUGCACUGAUGUCACUUCUGGCAGUCAGUAGAAGAGCACAGGAACAUGCUUUGAAAGCUAAUCUCAUAGAGAACUGCAUGGAGCAGAUGAAGCACAUUCAUGCACAACUGAACCUAGAUUCUCUGAGGCCUGGAAAAGCAGCACUGAAAAAAAAGGAGGAUGCUUUUAUUAAAGAAUUGAGCAUUACCAUGCAGCUCCUAAGAAACUGUCUUUACCAAAAUGAAGAAUGUAAAGAAGCAGCUCUCGGUGCUCACCUUGUCCCUGUCUUGCACUCUCUCUGGCCUUGGCUUUUGAUGGAUGAUUCACUGAUACAAAUUGCCUUGCAGCUACUUUGUGUCUAUACUGCAAAUUUUCCAAAUGGUUGCAGCUCUCUCUGUUGGUCAAGUUACGGACAGCACCCUGUUCAGGCUGCACACAGAGGAGCCCCCAGCAGCUCUCUGAUGCUGUGCAUCCUAAAGCUGGCUUCCCAGGUGCCUCUCGAGAACACCACAGUUCAGCAGAUGGUUUUCAUGUUUCUUUCAAACCUGGCCUUGUCUCAUGACUGCAAAGGAGUCAUUCAGAAGAGUAACUUCCUACAGAACUUUCUCUCCCUAACAUUGCCAAAAGGAGGAAAUAAACAUCUCAGCAAUCUGACUGUUCUCUGGCUGAAGCUUCUCCUGAAUAUGUCGUCUGGAGAGGAUGGACAGCAGAUGAUCCUGAGGCUUGACGGCUGUUUAGACUUGCUGACUGAAAUGAGCCAGUACAAGCACAAGAGCAGUCCUUAUAUACCGCUUCUCAUCUUUCACAAUAUUUGCUUUAGUCCUGCUAAUAAGCCCAAGAUCCUGGCUAAUGAAAAAGUCAUUACUGUGCUAGCUGCCUGUCUGGAAAGUGAGAAUCAAAAUGCUCAGAGGAUUGGAGCAGCUGCGCUUUGGGCUCUAAUUUACAAUUAUCAGAAGGCAAAAACAACUUUGAGGAAUCCAUCAAUAAAAAGAAGAGUGGAUGAAGCAUAUUCUUUAGCAAAGAAAGCUUUCUCAAACUCAGAAGAAAACUCACUAAAUGCCUAUUAUUUGAAAUGUCUUGAAAACCUUGUGCAACACCUUAACUCUUCCUAAGUGCCAAGAGAUGCUCCCUAAAACUGACCGCCACCAACAGGGAACUAAACUUGAAGCCAGCGCUGUGUAGCAACCGUCUCCUGAAGAUAUGCUGACUGCAAGGUGUUGACGUCCUUCGUUUCCUAUGAGAAACAGAACGGGCACCCCUGGAAGAAGUAGAAUGGGUGACACCGAAUCUGUUCACUUGGGGCAGCUCUCUAGAAGUAAUAGCAGCUGACGGGAUGUUAAAAAGGGGAUAGAAAGUUCUGGGAACAUAAACAUUUUUUACCCUUUUCUAUGCAAUUUCUUUGUAUAAAUCCUAUUUAAGUUAUUUAAUAAAAAUAUUUUUAGAAACUGAAAA